ACUCGCCCCGGUCACGCUCCACUGGAUCACAAGCAGCAGGGUCUCCGGGCUGGCUGCGCUCUCCUUUCUCCGAGCCGGCAGGCCCGCGGGAUUUUUUACAUGGUGGCUUUCCCUGGGAAAUGCUAAAGCCACCUGAUUAUUCAGACCUGAGUGACUCUUUAACGCUUGCCGUGGGAACAGGAAGAUUUCCAGGACCACUGCACAGAGCAUGGAGAAUGAUGAACUUCCGCCAGCGAAUGGGAUGGAUUGGAGUGGGGUUAUACCUGCUAGCCAGCGCGGCCGCAUUUUACUAUGUUUUUGAAAUCAACGAGACUUACAACAGGCUGGCCCUGGAGCACAUCCAGCCCGCCGAGCCCCGCGAAGGAACUACAUGGACACACUCCUUGAAAGUGCGCUUACUCUCCCUGCCUUUUUGGUUGUGGACCAUUAUUUUUCUGAUUCCGUACUUACAGAUGUUUCUCUUCCUUUAUUCUUGUACAAGAGCUGACCCCAAAACGGUGGGCUACUGCAUCAUCCCCAUCUGCUUGGCGAUUAUUUGCAAUCGCCACCAGGCAUUUGUCAAGGCUUCGAAUCAGAUCAGCAGACUACAGUUGAUUGACACAUGAAAAGUCAGUCCCCUUAAUGAUUACCAAACGGCCACUUGGAGUCUGGUCACCAGAUGGCGGUCCCUGCACUGCUCUCAGGAAGUUGCGGUGGGCAGAGGCUUUCAGACUGUGGCCAGGGGGCUGGCUUCCUCUGAAAGAUGCCGAAUUUGGAGGGAGAUCCUGAAAGACGACAAAAUCACGUUGGUGACAUUCUGAUUUUGGAAGUAGUGUCCUGUCUGUCAUGUGCAUUCUUUAGAAACUGAACUCAUGGUAUUUUUUAUUCUGUACAAUAUACUGGUGAUUCAUUCUUUCUCCUUUGGGGAAACCGUGAAUGAAUAUGAACAUUUUCCAUUGUGUCAAAUGUAAAAAGGUCCAAACAUGGUCAUAAAAUUUAAAUUUUAUACAA